CUUUUUCAAGGCGUCGACUACAUUUCCCAGACUGCACUGCUGCGCAGCCGCUACUUGUCACUGCUGUCGCUGUCUGCCUGUGAGUGCCCGCGGUGAAUUGGUCCAGCAUCCCUGCGCAGGCUGUGGGGCAAAUGUAGACGUAAAAAAAAGAAAAGAAAAUCUGGUUUGAAAAUAUGUAAAAGGUGGAAUAGAAGUUUUCAGCGUCCGCAGUCUGCGAUGAGGGAAGGACGACAUGGAAGAUCGGAUUUUGUGUUGCGCCUGUGUGGAGCAGGGACCGUUACAUUGCGAGAAAUAAUGCGGAAUAUUUUCCCCUGUAGGUGUUAACGCAGAAAAUACAAGAUGAAGAAGCAAUUCAAUCGGAUGCGACAGCUCGCCAACCAAACGGUGGGAAGGUAAGCAAAGCCUCUCCAUGCGUUAGAGCGACUUGCCGGGCCAAGUGAAAGGAAAGAGAAACCCCCUGAAUGACUCCAUUAGGAUGCGAAUCAUACUCAUGCAAAUAUGAUUAAUGAUUUAUUGUUAUUAGCCUUAAUGCAAGAAAGAGACAACGGUCAGUGGGAUUGUAUGUAUUCAAGGGAACAAAAGACUACUCCAUGUUCAAAACGCCUUUGGUUCUCCUACGCGUAAUGUCCAUUGGAACAGCUACCGCAGCGUGUAGGCGCAUUGCCCCAGUGCAACCUGCCCACGGAAAUCCAUUAAAUAUAGACAAUCGCAGUGUCACAGACACCGCACAGACACGAGCCCCCUUAUUUAGAUGAGGUACCGCCCGUGGAGCAUGAGAAACAAGCAUCUGCGAGGAUUGGGUGUGAUUACAUUUACCUCCUGUCACGGAACCUGUCAAUAGGUGAACGUGAUGCAGACGGAUGCGGUGUGGGCUGCGACGUGAGGGAAAAUGAGGAAAAAAAAGGCGCAAUGUUUUCAUUACGCAGUAAUAUCAGCUGUGAGCAGGGGAGCACCCCUAGCCUAGGCGUGGGUUAUCAAGUGCACGUAUUCUUGAAGGUCGCACCUGGGAUUUAUCUGACAUACUCCUCUGUUAAUUUAAGUUUCAUUUUUAAACCCCACUCUUGAAUAUACUUCUCUAUCCAAUCCCCUAAAAAAACAGAUGCACAAUACCCAAAUGAAGGGUUAACAUGGGAGGGUAUUCCUGCCCUCUCCUUUAUGUUUUGUGCUUACCCUGCAGCUGAUGUUUCUGGAAUCCCCUCCCAUCUGCAGAAACAGAGGCUGUGACCUUUUACACAGGUCCUAUAGGGGUUAUCACUGCCCCCCCCCCCCCCACACACACACACACACACACACCCUGUUUAUUCACCUCACAGGGAGGCUGAGCAGCUUGACAUGCAGUGCCAGGCCAGGAGGUGUUCUCUGCUCUGUAAGGAGGAGGAUUAGGACCAGGUGGCGUGUGGGUCAUUAUUAUUACAAGGCUGCAUGCGUGUCGUACACUAAGCAAGGAAGGGGACACACCUUGCAGGCCAGUUUGUGCUAUCACUGUGCAUCAGGCUGCUUUUUCUAUCUCCACUCGAUUUCUAUGUGACUCAUUAGCGCGUGUGUGGGUGUGAUUCUGGAUGUGUGUGUGGGCAGGCGGGCUGCGUUUGGCGGUACAGCCUUAUUUGAAAGCACUUCCCACAUGUAAUGCAUGCCGGUGCUGUUGUGAGUAGAAUUUUCAACCUCACUCUCGGCUGUUUUCCCAAGCUGUCUGUCUUAAGAGCAGGAGCAGCAACCUGCUGAGGUGGUCUGCACAAACCACAGAGACAUAAUGAGCAACAGUAUUACCCCCCUGAACAUCCUGCUCCCCCCCUGCUAAUGACUCCUACUGAUCACAGCCUGGGUCGCCUCUCUCAAAACCAUCAAAUCAAAGAAUAAUUGAAAAGUCACAACAAUCUGUAUAUGUAGCUCCAUGCAAAUUUGCAGUAUGUGGGACACUUUGGAUUUGCUUUUGGUUCAAGACAUGUUAUAACCUUCUGGAGACCUUGACCGGUGUCAAACACAGGGCUGACAGUGGUACUCAUGAAAGAAAGGAACAGCCAGAGCUGCAGCAUUCUGAGCAUUAUGGACCAUCUGUGCGAGUUCAAUGUCAAGAAUGAUCAAGAUCGCACAAAUCCCUCUUGGAAUAAAAAAAAAAGGAGCCAUAUAUUGUGCCUGCUACCAAUAGUUCUCAGUCGUGCAGUUUGCCUCCUGUUAGUGAAAUUAUACAAAAUCAUGGUAACAUAAGGUGCUUUUGAUCAAAUGGUCUAUCAAAGGUGUUUUUGUGGCGCUAAGAAAAUAGAAGUCUGGAGGAGUAUGUGCUCCCUAAAGGUCAGCACGCUGUUCUUCUUUAUUAUUACUUGUUGUUUUUCUCUGCCUCAAUACUUUAUCCUGCACUGAUAUUACAGAGGUAUUGCUGUGCUGAUUAAAGAGGAGCCUUGUGAAGUUAGCACGUACGGCACCAUUUCCCUUUAUAGCCUUGACCAUAUAGGAGAAAAGCGUGUGCAUACAUUAUGUAUUUACAUGCAUAUUUAUUUUGAUCUGUGUGUCCUUGCACACUGAAGCUUUGUUUUUAGUGCAGGUCAGACACAUGCAUGGGCAUGUUUACAUUAAAGGGGUCUCUUAAAGCUCCUGUCAUUGCUUUUUUUUUUCUGAGUGGACCUUUGAGCAUGGUUUAGACUUCUAUACUGACUCUUCACCACAGCUGACUUGCAGUAUUCUACAGUAUCCUACUUGUGCAAUGGAUUGUUCGCAUCACUUUUCAAUACUCUGCAGGAAUGCUCAUUUUUAAGUGUAAUUCCCAGCCACAUUUGCAGCCUGUUUGUGCACAGGAAUCCAUAGAGACUGAAUCAGAGAGGGUUAUAUUGAAGUUGGAGCUGAUAAAUGUCAAGCAGCAGUUGAUCAGUGCUAAGAAAGAAAGAGGAGACGUCCGGGGAAUGUAUGGCAGAUAUGUUGUGAAUGAGAAAACAUGAUGCUACUCAGCAGACCAAUCACAGGGCUUGUGGUCUGCAGAGUUGCACAUCAGGCUGUUUUUAUACCCUUCUGUGCAGGUACAGGACUUUCAGCAUUUCCUAUGGCGUAGAUUUGAUGCAGUAGUAUAAAUCAGGAUUUAUUGCAAGCACAAAAAGCUUUGUAUGCCAGUGGCGAAAGAGGUGGGGAAUUGCGCAAAAAUACAAAUUAUCUAUCAACAUAAACAGUAGCUUAUAGCAUUUCAAGAUACUUUUUUGGGUAUUAUUAAACAUUGUACACUUCAGCAUUAAGGAUAAUUUUUAUUGUCUAUCAAAAAUACAUACCAUACCAGUCUGUCCUGAUUGAGAGGCCACUAGAUGAGUGACACAGAGGUGCUGUACCACAGAAAAUUAGCUCCUUGCUGACUCUUUGAAUGGAAAAAUGUCUUAAAAGAAAAGCAAACCAUGUGAUUAGACUCACCUGUAACUCAUUUGCAACCAUGAAAAACCUCCUGUUUACAUCGAACUUAAUGGAAAGAGCCAAAACAAGUACAGGAAAUCUGUAGUACAGCACAUAGCAAUGGCCAAACUGUGCCUAAAUGUGCUCUAAUAAAAGACUUACAACCAUAAUAUAAAGGUAUUAAAUGAAAGAAAUUAAAAAGACUGUUAAAUAUUAACAGUUAUAGAAAACCUGAAGAAGUUAUUUGUUGAGUUUUUUAAGUUUUCCAAUAAUUUACAAGUAAUUUUAAGAGGUUUUGCAGAAAGUAAGUCCUUGUAAGAUGCAAAUGUUGCACAGGAUCCUGUUGCAUUGCAAAGUUUGGGAACCUCUUUCCUGUAAUUUAACAAUAAUAUUAAUCAUACACGGUGCUAUUGUUUCACAUUGCACAUGAAAGGGAAACUUAAAACAAUGACACCCCCCAACUGACUUUUACCCUCUCAUUUAAUGCUUCAAACGGCUCCUACUGUUUCCUGCAUAAAAAUCCCAUUACAGUUAUUUACCAUAUUCCAGUGUGCCUCAUACUAUCACUUGUAAUGCUGUCUUCACGCCACACAUGACUUACUCCUUUCCUGCACAGAGCAGAACGGCAUCAUGGUUUGUUAACGUCGGCUGAACACACCCCAUGGGGCGUAAUCAUGCAGCGAAGACUGACACGAAGAUGCUUUAGGAGUCUUUUUAAUUUUUACACUUUUCAAUUUUAAGAGAGCGGUGUACAUGCUGCAGCCAUCAGCGACAUUUUCACAGAUCAGUUUUGCUCAUUUUUGCAGUCACCGAGGUUUCAGAGAUGUGAUUCUGCUGAGUCAAACUCACCCUGCGUCUGAGUGAACUGAGGGUUAUACUGCUGGUUUGAGCAGUUGACCUUUGGUAACCCUUGCUGUCCCGAUGGAGCUGUUAAUAACACAGACCCGUCCACAGCUCCUCAACAAAUCCACAUGAAGCCCUCUGCCGGGCUGGAAAUGAUAUGACUUUGAUCAUAAGAACCAGUGUGUGGGAUGCUGCGUGUGUGUAGGGAGUCUUUUUCUGCAUUGACAGCAUUGACAUGUGUCUUAUGUGUGAUGGAGACUGAAGGUUGUUUCAGUGGGGGGUUGGCGAUCAGGUGUGCUGUGUCAGCAUCCCUCUGCCUCUCCAAGGCUGCUGCUUCUGCUGCUGCCUCUUUUGCUGCUGCUGCUGCUGCUGCUGCUUCUUGCCUGGGUGGGACCCCUGUCAUGUGAUCCCCAGUUUGACCAAUCACCUCUUAGGAGCAAGACUUCAUACUGGAAGAUGUGCAGCCAUGCAUACUGUACAGCGAAAAGGGAUGUGUUGUGGUGGAGUGGGAGAGACAGGAGGGUGUGAAAGCUCUUUAAAAAGGCGAGGAAAACGAUGUCCGCGAUCGUAUUUGUUUGUGCUGUGUUUUUGCUAACAUAAGCUAGCUUUGAUUUAGGUCUCCUUUAAACACCAUUGAGUUUUAAACGUCUAUGCUUAAAUAGCUUUGUGCUUUUGUUGCCCUCGCACAAGCUAGGGAGAAAUUACUUGGUUCAGCAAGCUCCAACCCUCCAUUUCUCUUGACCUAUUUCUCAAUUCCCAACUCACUGCCCAAUCUAGGUCUAGGACAUCCUGCUUGAGGAGUCAGCGAAAGAAGUCUUUAAGGCUCCAUGCAGUCUAAUAAGUCAAUAUCACAAAUAAAAGAGAAGUAAAUAUAAAGGACACCUCUAUCUCUUGCCUUUAACUCUUGACAAAUCUCCUUCCCCGUCUCUAUCCAUCUUCACCCCCUGCAUCACUCACCUGUAUGACUAGUGAGUGAUAAUGGCGUUCUUCCUGUUCAUGCCUCUGGGCCAGGCUUUAGCUCACCACUUCACGAUGCAAUUAUAAGAAAAUGGAACCCAUUUGUGGGCUGGCAGAUGCCUUUUUGUCUCUCCCACAUAGUCUCUCCCCCCUCUGUAGUUUCUCUUUCUCUUCCAUCUGGCAUUGUGAUGCAGGAGGUGAAUGUGUCAGGAGCGAGUUCAUGCGCCAGCCUUGCGGUGACAAAAGAUCCAUAGGAAGAGCUUAAAAGAGUAAGAUACAAAGGACCAAUAUUACGGGACAUGUUUGUGCAUGUUAUGGUUUGCUCAAGUGUCAAAUUUGUACGCUAAUGUGUUUUAUAGUAGCCCAUUCCUUCAACCAGAGUCAGAAUGAGGUUUGUCAAAAAGUAGGUUCGCACAAAGGAGGGGUUUGUGUUAGGGGUGCACCGAUGACAAUUUUCUUGCCAACCACCGAUCUUUAAGAGCUUGACCCGCUGAUACCUUUUUUUUUAUAACUGACAACAUACACCUUCGAUGCUCCAAUCUUAUUUUAAUGAAAAACAUUGAACAAUACUUGUGAAACAAUACAAACCUUUUUGUGUUUGUUUUAACUGCACAUGAGGUAGUUCUCUCAAAUAUAAAUGAAAAGUUCAAAAUAUUGCUGUCCAAACUACUAAAUUAUAUCAGUUCCUUUAGUCUUUUAUUUUCCUCAUUUUAAAAAUUAACAAUACUUGCACAACAGGUCACACUGCAGGCCUGUUUUGAGCCUCUUACCAAAUGAAGUGCACAGCAGUAUUUUGCUUUUACAAAUAAAGGAAAUCACAAUGUUUGAGGAAGUUAGUAAAAUAAUAAUCUUCAGGAUAAACUAAAUUGGUGGGUGGGCCUGUCAUUCUGGCAAAACAAAAAGCUACAACGGCUGACUUUCAGACCUUUGCUGAGGUAGAUAAGAAAAACGGUUUUAUGUGUGAGGAUCAGCCGAUUACCAAUCCCCCAAAAUUGAGAAAAUCGGCGCUGAUCGAUCAGCCGGCUGAUUUAUCGGUGCAUGUUUAGUUUGUGUUGUUUUUUUUGUGCUCAAACAUUGAACACAAAAUAUUAAUAGAAAUUAAUUAACAAUAUUUAUAUUGAAAAAAUUGGAAAAUGAAAAUAAGUGGGUUAAAAAAAUUGUUUACUGCAGUUUUUGGACUAUCAAGGAAUCUUAAAUAAAGACACGAAGAUUAAAAGAUAUGAUUAUAAUAACUAAAAAUAGAUUAAUUUGUCGGUUGGGCUGAUUUUUUUAGGCGAUAAAUGGCAUUUAAAGAAAAAUAGCUGAAUUGAAAUGAUUGAACUUGCUGAUGUCUGCUUUCACAAGACUGAUAAAGAACUAAAUAAUGUCUGCUGUAGAGGAACAUUGCUGUCCACAUCAAAUCUAAGGGUGACUUAUAAGUGUUUGUUAUUCUAUUAUCAAUCAAUCAACCUUUAAUUAUUCACUGCAAAUUCAUAACAAAUAUUAUCUCAAGAUGAUCAACAAAGAGGGCUGGUCUAGGAUAUACCCAGCAUCAAGGUGGGACAAGAUUGGGUCCAAUUAUUAAGAUUAGACCCACUCUGAUCCUCUGAAAAACUCCCUAUUGACAGGCAGAAACCUUGAGCAGAACCAGACUCAUGUGGGAUUGUCAUCUGCUGAGAUUGUGUCGGGUUCAAAGAGAGGAUAAAGGGAGAUGCAGAGAAAGAAAAAGGGAUAUAAACAACAACAAUAGUGCACACGUAUGUAUGUUUACAGUUCCAGAGAUGAUUUAAUGUGAUAAUCUGAUGAAUACUUUGAUAAUAUAUGUAUCAUUUAAUGCAUGUCUGAAUCUUCUGUUCCUGCUUUUACAUUCAGAACGAAAUUUACUCACAUGCACCUCUUUGCAAGAGCGUGUGCAGAACAAUUAAACAGCAUAUGGUAGCUGACAGGUAACAGGAGAUGUAGUAGGCAACCCUGUUGAAUGCCAAUGCAGCUAUCCCCCUCUCCCCCUCCUUUCACUCUUUCUCCCUCUCUCUCCCUCACUCCUUCCUCUUCCUCGCUGCUAUUAUUUGCUGGCUUGGCAGAUGAGGACAGAGCCGUGGAGUCUCGGAGCAAGUGGCCUUCACAGGGCAGGUGAAUCACUGCUCCUCCAGGUUCACUGGGGUAUAGUUUUCUGGCUGAUCACAUUGUUAAAACCUUGAACACCGUCAGCAUGUUAUUAAACAAAUCAAGGCCCUGUCAUGGUAAGAGUUUUAAGUAGUUUUGAGUCAUCAGAAAUGAGUCAGAACUUGUCUUCAUUUGAAAAGUUUGGUUAGAAACAGAAGUCUAUGCUGCUGACCCUCCCAUAACCCCGUCGGUACCUCGCAGAGACAUCAGACUAACUCCAGUUAGUGAUAAAGAGCCUUUGUCAAAGAGCCAUUUUGGCCAUCAAAAGAGAGAUGAUGUAAUAUCUGACAGAAGCGCUGCCUUUCUCUUUCUACGUCGCUGAUUCCCUCAAAAGACUACCCUCUUAAAGGGCCCCUGUCUCUGUGCUUCACUGCAGAUUCAGCACCGAACAAGCUCAUAUUCAAGAAAUGAGGAAAUCGCAGCAGACUCAUUUGCAGCUAGAGGAACUUGUCGACCCCCUCCUUGAUCUCAUGCUUAUUAAAAAGGGUUUGAUUGUAGCCGUGUUGAUGUUGGGGUUGACCCAGUCUGUUGCUCAUAAGCUCAUUCCCAACAGGAAGUGACCUCAGGGCCUGACUGAAAUACACCAAGUGAAUCACAUGCAACUCCAGCUGUGGAGGCAUGAGGAAUAAGAGAGGGUCCACAGAGUACUUUUCAUCGAUGCCAUUGGGAUUGUUUUGACACUUUUAUUUGUUAAGUUGAAUUUAAGUUAUGUAACGGUAAUAUCUCCAGGAUGUGGUCCUCCUCUGUACUAAUAGAAACACAGAAUAAGUGCAGUAAAAUUAUUCAUGAAGCUUGUUUUUAAGUCUGUUUACAAGUCUGCAUAUUAGGGGAAGUAAGAAUAGUGCAGUAGAAAAGUACAUUUUAAUCAUCGAGCUCUUUUCUGACAAGUAGAGAUGCACAACAUUGGAUUCAAGCCAAUACCUGACAACAUUUAAUUCUCUCAUAAAUGAUAGAUGCAUCCUCUUUCAAAUAUAGACACUGAGUAAUGUGUCUGCUGUAUGUGUCUGACACCUCAAAUUACCUUCAUACUGCAGACAUGCUGAAGCUUGUUGGCAUAAGCUGUCAUCGUAGACUUGAUGCGUCACUUUAUUGGCCCCAUAUAUUGGCAGGAAUUAUAUAUCCAUCAUACGUAUCAUUUUAUUUCAAGCUUUUACCUCCUGGUAUCAAUAUUUUGUCGACAGAGUAGUGGAUCACACACUCAAACUAAAAUUUAUAAAAAUAAAUAAAUAGACAGGCUUCAUUUGUAGAGCAGUUUUAAGACAACAGCCGUGUAAUGAGACCAAAAAUGAAUCCUAAAAUGACAUAUUAAAAAUUAUGUGCAAGACCCACAAAGAGAUAUGCCUGUCCAAAUAGAUUAAUUAAUGGGGCUGUUGAUGGUAAAACUUAAUUUCUUUUUAAUCACAUGGUGUUUUGUCCCUUUUGGCACACCAUAGUUAAGCUACUGUGUCCUGCUGCUUCCAGCUGCUGCCAUGACUGAAAAUCAAACCACUGCUGCACUUAAUACCAGGGCUUUCCACUAAAAAAUACAGACUAAAUCACAAGACAAAAGUGCUUCAAACUGAUUUAUAAUAUAAGUAGGUUCUAUAGUUUGAGUUACUGCUUUAGAGCUAAGCAUACAGGUGCAGCUAAUCAGACUGGUGCAGGCGACUGCGUCAUGAAAUCCUGCAGGGUAUUACCCAUGCUUUAUUUUGAAACUUUUUGUAUUUAGGUUGCUUUAUUGUUCCUACAUUGUAAAACUGUGCUUUUAUUUUGAAUUGUUUUGCAUUUAGGUCCCUUUUUCAUUCCUAUACUGUAAAACUGUGCUUUUAUUUUGAAGUAUCACCUACUGCCAGUAGAUGUACGUGACUAAGACCAACAAUCUGACAGCCAGAGUUUCUGACUCAAAAGAGUCUGUGAACAGAGAAUUCCCAAGGUCUGUGCCAUGGCCUCGAAAACACAAUCACCUCAAGUCUUAAGACAUGUGCGUAGGAUGGACAGCAGGCGCAGUGAGCUGGACCUUGGGGAACGAGCCGAUAAGUACGGGUGAAAGAGUCCUGCCAUGCAUUCUGAGGCUGAGUUCAUACACUUGACUCCUGCAUAUUCAGAGCAAUAUCACCUGUUAGUGAGAAUAAUGUGGCAUAACUACAGUGAACGCAACUUCCUGUCAGUAUACCCUCUUCCUUUCUCUCAGGAAUGUCAAUGGCAUAAAGAGGAAGCAUCAAUCAAAAAAUAUAAACUGAUUAUUUUGUGUGGUGAAUUGAUGCUCAUGAUGAUGUUGAAUGCUAUAUUAGUUGACUUGAAUUUCCUCCUUGACAUUUGGCAUCGUCCAGGUGAGGCCUGUUUGUGCUCGGCAGUGUAAAAACACUGUUCAGUCACAGAGCGGAGAGCUUCUUGUGGAGAUUAUUCACCAUGAAUAAAGUUAUUAGAGAUAACUCACUGCUUGUGUUUCAAGUGAGACGCCGCUCAAGCUGCAGGCUCCCUCUAUCUCUCCCUCUCUUUCUCUCUCUUGCCUUUUUCGUUCCCUCCCUCUCUUCGCGUGUGCGCGCAUGUUUCGUGUGCGCGUGUGCGUACACUCCUCUCACAGUUAUUCUUGCAUACUUAACAGAACUGUGACCUAGUUUGCUGGACAACUACAGUAAGUGGGUUUCUCUGUUUUAGUAACCUUGUAUCCCAUCAGCCCCUCCGCCUUGUCAUUUGGGAGGAAACUGAGUGGGCCCCUAGAUGCGUCUGCACGGCGAAGGUCUGCGGGAAAAAAAAAGCAUUAAACAGAGAUAUUUAGAGAGCAUGAACACUGCUGUGUGUGUGUGUGUCUGUGACUGUGUGUGUGUGGCUGACUAGAUCUCAUGCCAGCGCUCCAGGCCGUGCGGUGCCCUGCUGAGGCCCAGGGCCACCAUUCUGCUCCACUACCCUCCCCUCGCAGCGAAGGACCUAGCAUCCAGCACAGCUCUUCAGAGUUAGCACUUUCGCUUUUUGCUGUGUGAACGAACCCGAGAACGACCACUUUCCUGUUUUUUCAGCAGGUCUGAGGUGGACCUGUAGAGUGCUGCAGCCAACAGUUAGCUCGCUGUCUAUUAUCACAAUAUGCUCAAGUCUACAAAUAUUAUUCUAAUCACAUUUUGAUUAUGUCGACAUGGAUUAUGCAUGCUUUCAUAAACCAUGCACAUUGCUCUGGGGCUGAGCACGAUGGUUUCCAACAUUAACAUAUCUUAAGAUAGAAAUAUUUAUCAUACAAGACAUAUUUGCGCAAAAUGUGUGACUGAAAUGGUCAGCGGGGUAUUUUGAACACACAUUUUAUUUCAGGCUUUAUGGAACUACUGCGACCUGGAAUGUUUGAGGUCUCUGGGAAAAUAUUCACAUUAAAAUGACAUUUUUCUUUGACCAGCUGUGAAUACACGAGUCCAGAUGUCCUCACCAGAUUCAGACCCUCCCUCUUAUCAACACUCUGGUAAUGUUAUUCAAAGUCUGACAGUUUAUCUCUUUGUGCAAAUAUUGUUUCAACUAAUUAAUCCUCCCCCGGGCUCUUCAGACCUUCACAUUUGCAUUGCACAGAUUUCCAGCUCACUGCUGAUACGAAGAAACAAGCAAUCCUGCUUUCAAAACGGUGUCUGGUGAUGCUCUGGGAGCUAACGGCAACUUUUACAAUAAUCCUGAUAUUUAUAGAAGUGUGAAUGUGCAUGUGUGUCUGCGUGAGCGCGUGCACGUUUGUGUAUUAAGUCAUCAUCAGGUAAAGGGAUGCCUGCGAAGUGGCAGAUGGUUGGCACAACCCUUGCAAAGCACCCCCCCUCCCCUCCGUGAACACACCGCCCACAUGGCUGCUGACUCUCCCACGUGUUUACUUUCCUCCAAAGACUCAUUCUGCACACUGUUUGGUGAGAUGAAUUCCUCUGCUCACCUCUGAAAUCUCACAGCUUUACAUCAGGUUCUUCUCCAGCCAAUCAACCUCAAUACCCGCUGUAUUUCAGAAAACGCGGCGCUAUUUCAUCCUCGUGUCCUCGCAGGCUGAUUAUGUAUGAUACUGCUUUCCUAAGAGGAAAUACCACCGUCUGAAAACAAACAAGCUUCAAGAACAAGGCGGUCUGCUGUCUUUGAAGAUAGGCUCAAAACCUCUUUGAAGUCUGGAUCAUAAUGGCCACAUCAGUUGUGGCCAGUGAGAAAGCCAGAUGUCUGGGCUUGAAUUUUCAUAUCCUUGUUGUGGAGAGUGAAUGCUAUGAAGGAAUUGUCUCUUUCGUGCAGCCGUUUGGUAUCUGCAUUCCCUCGAACCUUAAAGCUCCUGUAAGGAGUUUUUUCACAUUUCUAAAAAAGAGUGAAAUUCAUACUAAUGCCUUUUUGUGAUCUAUAAAAGCAGACUAGAUCAGCAGAAACAAGAUUGAUGCCUCAAAAAAGGAGCCCUACAACUAUCUGUAUUUAUUUAGCACAAAUUAAAAACAAGGUGCAUGGAGGGAAAGAAGCCAAUGGGCUGAUACAGAGUUCCACUCCCAUCAGGGCAGUAAAGGCACAGGAUGCAAACAACAAAGUAAUCAGGACAUAGACAGGUUAGGACUGGGGGAUUAUAAGAUCGUGAUCAAUGUUCGUGAGAAAUUUCAGUUCGAUCACGGUGUUCAGCUGUGAGCUUAUUUACUCGGUCAAAUAUAGCAGAAAUAUGCAUCACAACAGCCAAUCAGAGUUGAGGUUCUCCUGCUCUACUUCUGUAAGUUACCAGAGAAGUAAACAGGAGAAGGAAACAGAAUGACCAAACAUGGAGAUAAACGCGGUGCUGAGGGCAACAAAAUAGAUCAGCCGUGACUUUUAGUCAUCCUACAAAGAUGCCGUUGUUGAGAAGAAAGGUUAUUUAGCGUGACGUUGAGCAAUUAAGCCGAUGUGCAAGGUAUGUCAGCGGUCGAUGCCCUCAAAAAUCGGCUAUACGACAAAUCUGUUUAAUCAUUUGAAGACGUUCUUCCUGAAUGGUUAUGCAGAAAGCAUGAAAAUGUGAGUGGAGUCUGUACAGUUUGCCACUGCUGACGGCAUGAGUAGCAUUAGCAGUUUAGCCACAACUAGCGGUGCAGCCAUCAGACCAAAGCAGCGAUCAAUCAUAUCAUCUACAUUUACAUCAUUUAAUGUUUACAUUUAGAGCGUCUUCAUUAUCUCUGAGGGGGCGAUUUGUUUAUUUUGGGUCUUUUUCAAAAUCACUCAGGACUGUAAACUAAUUCGCUGUAUUAUUAAGUGUUAAUCUACAUUUGUUGCACUGUUGAGUUAAAAUGUUUUUUUUAUAUUUGUCUAAGUGUGUUUUACCUAAUUUGCUCUGUUAUUUACUUAGUACGUUAAUAAAAUGCUGAACUAAUCUCUAGUUUCCAUAGCUUUUAGUACAGAUGCUUUAAAAGUGGCAAUUUAAAAAAAACAGUGAUAAUAAUCGAGAUCGGACCAUACGACAAAAUAUAUUGUGAUCAUUUUUUUUGCCAAAUCGCCCAGGCCUAAGACAGGUUAUAAGAAUGAGUAGGGACAUAUACAAAUUGUCAUAAAUAGAACAUAGACUAAUCAUCAACAAUCCCAACCAGAGAUAGAGAAAUUAAAAGUUAUACAUAAAAAGAAAAGAAAUAUGAACAUGACAGAUAAUGACAUGUUUAAGACAUGAUUAGAUGUGAUAUCAAUGAUAUUUUAAAGGAUUUGAAGGAUAAUGUUGAUUUUAGAGAUGCAUCCAGAUCAUUCCAUAUUUUUGGUUCUCUAAAAGUGAUUUUAGACUCAUGACAAGAAGUUUGACAGAAAGGUAACUGAAGAUAGCCAUUUUAUCUUGUUGAGUACGGGUGAAGGCCAGAUGAAAAGGUAAAAAAGUUUCGUAAAGUGUCAGGAAGGUCUUGUUUCCUAUUGAUGAACUUAAGGACAAACAAGCAAGAGUGAAAGACAUUGAGUUUGUACAUCGGUGAGAUUGAGUAUUUAGUAAAGAGAGGUGCAGAAGUUUCAUGUCUGCUACUAAUGGCCUGUUAAACUAAAUGUUAGUUUAGACAACUAAAUAAUCAGCCAUUUCUAUGAGACUAAACUACGAGAAUGGAGAUGGGUGCAGAUUACAACAGCUUGUUGGACAGUGUGGUUUGGCAGUUCGGAGCAAAUGGAGAUUAAGUUGUCGGCAUAUAAACACUCAGCACCAAACAUUGCAUCAACAGUUUUGACUGUUUUAUUUGCUUCUACUUGUCAGUUUGCAGAAUCUUAGCAUCUUUAGCAUCACAAGUUGGCCGAGGUUUAGUGGCUCAAAUUAGCAGAUUUGUAGCUAGCAGGCAGCUAGCAACACCGACCCAUUACAUUAGAAGCCAAACAGAACUACAUUAGCUGAUAACUGUGUUCGUGAUCCAGUUCAAAGGCUUAUCCAAAAGGCAGCUGGACUUACAUCAAGUUCUUUAUGAUGUCUGAAGAGCUGUUCCCAGGAGGCCCUUUGGAUGAGACUGUAAACCUCAAGCUGAUCUUCACUUGAGUUGGACGUUGAAUUCAAUCGUAAAUAUGAACAGUUCUGACAUACACUCCCUGUAAUACUAGCCAAUGGGGAUUUGGACCGUUGGGGUACAUUUUUCAGCUUGCUGCCUUGCAAGAACUCUUUCACGAUUUCUAAAAUUUGUACCAUAUGCCUUUAUGUUGCUGAGAAGGAUUCCUGGUUCAGGUUAUUUAAUUUCUGACACAUGCAGCGAGGCUACAGAGCUUGUUUCAAAUAUUGCACAAAACAUCACCAACAGACCAGGCCACUCCACAUCCUCCUCUCCCAUCCGUGCUGUUGCACCCCAUAAGGGUCCUUUCGUCGCCAUAUGCUCUCAAGAGACACUCAACUGGCCAAUCUGAGGCCAGAUCGACUGCGACAAGUUCACAGCUGCAUCGUGCACCUUAAGGGUACACACUCAGCGUGGGAUUCAUGUGUAAGUCUCCGUCCUCGGGCCUUUUUUUUUAAACAUGGAGAGAAUGUCAGACGCUGCUGGGGUGUUGCAGCAAAACUGAGCCAAACUUUUGUGCCCUGCUUGGGUUAUUUUUAUCCCCCUUUGUCAUGUAAUCAGCAAUCUGCGAUCACACUUAUCCUCACAAAUCACGCCAGAAAUCUCCCACCCCGCUGUCAUUUUCUCUCUCUAAGGCAAGUGUGCACUCACACACUUCCUGUAUUUUCCCUCCUACUUCAGUGAGCAAAGCAGAUUUCCAAGAGACUGGCUGUGAUUAGAUCCAUUGGUACAUGCUUUGACCCAGUUCCCAUGGCUUCAUGCUCACAUCUUGGCACUGACAUCAGGGAUGAUAAUAACUGACAUUAUUGGCUUUCUGUCGUCGGUAACAACAUAUGUGUAUGUUACAUGGAACCACAACGACACGUCAACAUGUAACAGAUGAUCCACAGUCCAUUUUUUCUGAUUUGCUUCAGUGGGAUGGCAAUGGGCACCACAGAGCCACAGCUUGUUCUGUAUUUGACCCACUCGGUGACGAGACUUAAAUGGAAAGAGCAUUUCAGUUUCGCGCCGGUGAUGUAUUUCUGUCUGGCUGAUGAAUAAUAGAGCACAAAGCGAGGUCUUUUCCAUUCUCUCGGUCAAAAGUAAGAUAAAUUUAGAUCGAGUUUUUCAAUAAAUGAUACAAAGAAAGCUAUUAUUCUCUGUUGGCGUGGGCAUGAUUUGGGCACAAUAGCAGGAAGGGAUCGUACAGACAGGAAGGGGAAGUGUUGAGAGAUUACGAGCACCAACGAGUGGUCGCUGGGGGUCUGCAGAUCUGGUUUUGAAUCACUUAGGGAGGUCAGACUGUCUGCCUCAGCAGUACCUCCCUUGCCAGUCUACAGCAGGAAGUACAUGCUAUCCCCAACUCUGAUUAGUCCUGAUGGGUUGAUUGUUAUUUUAGAUGCAUUGUUGUGCCCAAGCUUCUUCAAAGGAAACCUUGACAAAUUAAUCCAUGUAUAACAAAUUUCGCCCCAAGUUAUUUUUUUAAUGAUUCCAAAAGGCACAUUAAGCCUAUUUGGUAAAUCUCCUCACUGUAAAAGAAGCUAAGUCUUCAACUUUAAGCUGUGAGAACUGAGCUGACACCAUACAUUCAUAAUAUCCUGUGGUUGCUCUUUUUCUGAGCUUAUGGCUCAUUCAGAACUCCGGAUGAGUAGUUUUAUCUGCCUCAGCGGCAGUGAAGCUCUGCCCUUUCCUUCAGUCUUGGCUAAGUCCCCAGUCUGCUGGAUUCACAGAGGGGUGUGAUGCUCCUCAGUGUGAACUGGCAUAUUUGAAUUUGUUAGCCUUUGCUCGCUGCUGCAUGUCCCGCCUGCUUGGCUCAUGCUGAUGAUGCGACGCUCCAGUGACUCUUCAGCAUGAAUAGAUUGCUUGAUCAUAAACUUGUUAUAGGUGGCUGUUAUGUAUUGUCUUACAUCAUGACUCAGCGAGGCCGCCACACGAACACAUGUGCACCCACAUGUAGUCCGAAGGGACAGGUGCACAGAUGUAGCCCACCUAUUUGGGAGCGCUGCCACACCGAUGAUCAGCAAAAAAUCCAUGAAUGGGUCUGCAUGCAAUACAAGGCAGCAGGAUUUUUAUUGUGAAGCAUUCAGACAAACGCACACCAAUAUGACAUGUGUUACAGGACUUGACAGUGCGACCAUUUCACUUGCAUUUGCGACAAUGGGGUCGGACGAUAAGACACACCUCUUAAUUUUCAUAAGGCUGUUUCCCUUCAAUAGCUUUGAUGUCAUGUCACCAAUUGACCUAAAAUAGAUUUUAAAUAAUAGUACUAGGGUCGGACGAUAAGACACACCUCUUUAUUUCCCUAAUUUGUUCUCAUACAGUUUUUGUGUUAAAUUUAAAGGCAAAUUUUGAACAUUUUCUUUACUAGUUUCCAUGUCAUGUGACCAAAAGACAUUAUUUGAUCAAUUUUUAUUGUGCUUCUAAAGUUCUUUGUGUGCUCCUUACUUUUUCAACUUCAGAGCACAUGUGCUCCUUCUGAAAAAAGUUAGUGUCAAGCCCUGCGUUAGGACUGAACAGCAACCUUGGCCGAUGCAGAAGUGCUUAAAACUGCAGUACUCAGAGUGUCCACUGGAGAUGGUCAAAGAAGCAGAGGAAACCAAGCAGGCACACUUUAGUGCAGUUCCCCGAGUGUCCACUUGAGGCUGACUACAAAAGCACAUCUUUAGAGCAAAAAUAAACAUGUUUACAGUCUGCUGCGUGGCUUUGGUCUGAAAAGCUAACUCUUCUGUCCACAUGUCCCUUUUUAGUCACUGUUUUGAAUGUAUUUAAGUGAUGUUUUAAGUGUAGGCGACUUAACUAUCUAGUGGCCACCAUGUAGCUAUUAGUGAGGAGGCUAAUUUAUCGUCAACUUAAAGCUCAUGUAAGGAACUUUUGCUUUGUGAAGGAUUUGGUGCCUCCUUGUGGUCAAGUGCUGUCAAUCAUCUGAUUCGACACCUACCCCCUCACAGGCAUUUUCAGACAUUUUCUAUGAAAAUUAUGUCAAAAAAAGUCGGCCUCUCUGUAAAUAGUCUAGAUUACUUCUAAAUAACAUGAAGCAGCAUCAGUAUCAGUUUUAGCCUCUCUCUUGACCAAUUAAAAAACUCCUUACAGUGACUUUAAAGUGAGGUCGAGUCAAUUCUGCUUCAGACAACAAUAGUGGACCACACUUAGACUAAAUCCAUGUUUUACACUGUCCAUGAUUAGGACACAUGGUGGAAAGCCUCAAACCACAGCAUACUGAACACUCACAGGGAGGGAUUCAUGUCACCGCUUUCAGAUGUAAAGGAUUUAACAGAGAAUUCAAUGCUGUGGUCAUGAAUCCGCUGGAAAAAAAAGCUGUUCAUGCACUGAUUGUCAUGCUUGCACCAGCUCCUGAUCAUGCCUUGAUCCCCUAACCAUCUCUCACUUUAUCUUUACAGGGCAGAAAAAACAGAGGUGCUGAGCGAGGACCUUCUGCAGGUAAGCCGUGGUGUAAAUGUGCAUCUAUACGUGUGUGUCUGUUAGGAAAGACAAGCACAACACCUGCGAAUCAGGCGCAUGAUUAAAUGAGAGUCUCUUAGCAGUUCGUCCUGUUGUGGUGGAUUAAUAGGUGUUAAUAAUGUGAUACUGAUGGCUGUUUUUGAGAGGGAGUAGUUCCUCCAGAGAUUUCACCGGGUAUUACCUGAAAAAAUCAAACAAGGACUCAACUUUCUUCUCAGUGUGUUUAUCAUAAAGAGGACAGAUUUAUUUGCUGCCAUGGUUAUGUUUGGACGAAGCCAGCGAGUCUGGGAUUUUGUUAAUUAUUCAAUAUUUGUUGAUUUAUUAUUUAAAGCUCCUGGGAGGAGGUUUUAGCUAGUUAUGAAACAGACUGAAAUUAAUACUGAUGCCUCUUUAUGUCCUACAAAAGCAACCAAGACCAUCAGUGACAAGAUUUAUUAUAUCUAUUGAGUUAUUUUUAAUGUUGGGUAGGUGUCGGAUGAGGAAACUAACAGCACACUGCUGCAACAGGCUUGGUUUGUGUUUUUUUCCGAGAAGAUUCACAUUAAAUAAAAAAAAAAGGUUUGUCAAAUGUGCACCACUAUGACAGAUUGGGUGCUGAUUUAUGCAGCUGCAGGAGAGGUGACAGUCGUUAUAGUUCAGUGUCGUGUCUGUGCAAGAAUACAGGUGUUAGUGUGGAGAUACCGUGAGAGAUUUCUGAUGUGUCUUUGUCUGUGUGCUCAUCCAGGUGGAGAAGCGUCUGGAUCUGGUCAAGCAGGUGACACACAGCACUCACAAGAAGCUGACCGCCUGCCUGCAGGGUCAGCAGGGCACUGAUAUGGAGAAGAGAUCUGUCAAGUCACCUUCUGUGAGUACACACAUCCAUCAUGAUCCUACGCUGACACCCGAGAAUAAGACUGACGAUGCUGCUUAGCACUUAUUUCAUCAUGUGGGUCUAAUAAAAGCGUCUCUCCAUUCAGAAAAAACUUCCGCUCACGAUGCUGGCACAGUGUAUGGUGGAGGGGGCUGCAGUGUUAGGGGAUGACUCCCUCCUGGGGUAGGUCACUGUAGUUUACACUCGCAGUCAUCUUUAAUUAAUGACCCACCUAUUGAUCUCCUCUCUGUCUUAAUUAUCCUGGACUUUAUUAUAACUGCAUAUAAAUGCCUCUGCGUGCUUCUACAUUCCCCGAACAGUAAGAUGCUGAAGAUGUGCGGGGAGACGGAGGAGAAGUUGGCUCAGGAGCUCAUUCAGUUUGAGUUCCAGAUCGAGAGAGACGUGGUGGAGCCCCUCUAUGUGCUGGCCGAGGUGAGCCUGCUCUGCUCUUACAUAAUCCACCAAUUAAGCCAUAACACCUCCCUGAACUGGAUAACAGCAUUUUUAUUUUAUUAGCAUAAAACUACAAGGGGAACAUGGUCUUCAUUUACAUAAAAGUGCUGCACUCUUGCUCUCAAGGCUGACUUUAAUCCUCCACCUGUUUUCUUUUUCUAUUUUAGGUUGACAUUCCCAACAUCCAGAAACAACGGAAGCACUUAGCGAAACUUGUCUUGGAUAUGGACUCUGCUCGGACAAGGUGAGCAUGAAAAUAAGCUGCUCUUAUUUUUAAUUUUAGUUUUUAAAAAUGGAAACUCUGGCUGUGAAUGCAUGUUAUACAAGCAUGGCUAACUUUUUUUUUUUUAAUCCAUUCGCCCAAAGAUUUCAGCAGUCGUCGAAGUCAUCCAGUCACCCAAGCACACUGCAGCCAGGUGCCAAGUCUGAGUCCCUCAGAGAGGAGAUGGAGGAGUCAGCCAAUCGGAUGGAGAUUUGUCGAGUGAGUUACCACUCGGAUAUUACUUCCUCCUCCAAACCCUUUGCUCUCAGUUUGAUUUAUACCCCUACUGCAUGUUUCUGACAUAAAUGGACCACAAUGGCGUGAUGAUACUGCAGCUCUCUGUGGGUGGGAUUAUUUCUCAUGGAUUGGUUUUCUCUCUUCCUGUCUGUUUCAGGAUCAGCUGUCAGCAGACAUGUACAGUUUUGUGGCCAAAGAAAUAGACUAUGCAAACUACUUCCAGACAGUGAGUAUAGUUAAUCUUAAAAUAAGAUGAGAUGGGAAAUGUGGUGAAUACAGGGCCGGAUCUAGGUGCGGAUGAAGGUGGCCAUACCCCAGUGGUCACCCUAAAAUCCUCAACUGUAAUUGGCUAUUUGCUUUCUUAGAGGCAAGACUUUCGCACAAAGAAACAAGAUAUUUGGUCUGCAAGGCUGUACUGCACUAAAACAGACAUGACUCAGUAGUGGAAUUCACCGCAUUGCCUCAAAAUCCCAUCCAGAAACCAUUGUCUAUGAACACAGUUAUGUUACUGCACUUACAAAUGAAUUAAUUUAGGGUCAAACACACUGUAACACCGAAAAAUUAAUGUUGCCGACCGCUUGCUUCUCUAUUUUUACCAACUUUAGUAACGACUGCAUGAUAGCAACACACAGCGGUCUAAGGAGCCACACAAAAACCUCAACCAAAGCGCCACUCUAUAGCCACAAAUAAUGCUCAGAACAGCUCCUAACUUCACCAACAGUACAUAUAGUGUCCCAGCCACAGCAUUAGCCACCAAACAUCCUUUUAACUUUGCCCAAUUUCUUUAGCAAAGAGACUAAACACAACUCACCUACUCUCUUCCAGCGGCAGCUUGUUUGUAGUGAGACUCAGGCCGGUCCAUGCGGACUGCUGUGGGGUGACUCAGCUCAAGGAAGAACAUUUAUGAUGCCUCUUUUUAUCAUUUCCUUGAAGAAAUAAUCACCAUAUUAAUCAUAUUGUUCUGCAGACACAGUAGUUCUGUCUGAUUGCAUUUCCAUGAAGAAAUGAUCAUUUGUGGCUAUAGAGUGGCAUUUUAGUUGAGGUUUGUUUAUGGCUCCUCAGACCGCUGUAUAUUGCUAUCCUGCGGUCGUUACUAAAGUUGGUAUAACUAGAGAAGAAAGCAGUUGGCAGCAUUCAUCUCUCAAGGGGGUGUCUAACUCAGUGUUAUGUGUGUUUAACCCUAAAUUAAUUUUACGAAUAUCCGUUUAAUGCUUUUCAUUGUGUGUGCAGACAUAGGUAACGCCACACAUGCAAAAAUCUGUGUCCUAUUUUGUUCUCAACAGUUAAAAAAGUCUAAGUCCACCCUUGAGUAAAUACCUAAACGUAUAUGGUAAUUCAUUUCCCAGUGAAACAUAGGAAAUAUUAACGUUUUAAAAGAUCAAAUAACCUAAUUAUAUGAUACACACAUGCAUGAUUCUCGAUAAUAAUCUCUUCCCCUGAUGUCCUCCUCUAUAGCUGAUUGAAACACAAGCGGAAUAUCACAGGAAGUCAUUAGAGAUUCUUCACAGUAUCCUGCCCCAGAUUAAAGCUCACCAAGGUGAGUCAUUCACCGUGUGUGUGUCUGUGUGUGUAUAUAGAUAUAUAUAUAUGUGUGUGUGUGUGAGUGCGUAUACGUGUGAGACGGAUCUGCUACAAUACUGCACCUGAAGCAUUAUCAAGAGAACAAGUAACAGAGUUAAUAGCCCUGACGUGUCACAUAACAAUCUUGUUAAGCUGUAAUUAUCCACCCUCAUAUUUAAACAUGGACUCCUUAACAAGUGUUACACCAAACAGAGUCCCGGAGCAUUAUAAUUUUUUCCAUGGCAUUAGGCAUAAGUAGAGAUGAGGUAAAUGCAGUCAGGAAUUAAUGUUUUAAUUUCGUAAAUAAAGGCUCACAGAAGUAGAGCUUUGUAGUUACUGGUCUGAAGAGGAGAGGAGAUUUUGUGUAGGUUUGUUUGUGUUUGUGUGCGAUUCAAGCUGCUGUUUCGUGUUGCAGAGGCGUGGGUGGAGAAACCAUCGUUCGGAAAGUCUCUGGAAGAGCACCUGAAUAUUAGCGGGAGAGAGAUCGCCUUCCCUAUCGAAGCCUGUGUCACCAUGCUGCUGGAGUGUGGCAUGCAGGAGGAGGUACAGGGCAUGCACACACACACACACACACACACACACACACACACACACACACAGAAAUAUAACAGUAUAUACAAGGUGUGUGCAACCAGUUAAGGCAACACAUUAAAAUGACUUUCCAUAAGUGUGACAACAUUUUAAAGGGCAACUUAAAAUAAGACCGAACCUCAUCUGAGUGCUUGAUUUUAUAUGUUUUUACAGGGGCACCGAUUUAAAGGACAAAGUGCUUGUUUUCAGUUAAGCUUCUGGGUUUUUUUUUCAACAGCAUGUCACAACAUGAGGGACUCAGGGUCUUGGCUGAAUGUGCAGUAGUAGGCGGCUGAAGCCUUGGACUGACAUUUCCCACACAAGCACCUAUCAAACAAAAUAUCAGAGAGCUGUCACUGCUCUCUGUCUCUUUCACACACACACACACACACACACACACACACACACACACACACACACACACACACACACACAUCAUUACAGAACUGUCACACAGGGGUGGGUAUUUCAGCUAAAAACGUUCAGAUAGCUUUGUCUUUCUCCGAUAUUGGUUUUGAAGUAGAUAGCACAUUUCUUCAUUUCUUUUUAAUGCUCCUAGAGGAACUGUCUACUUCUCAUAAUAGCCGGCUGUCAAAUUCUCCUUAGGCCAAUAAACUUUAAUAAUAUUCAUAAUACACUUACUUUAUCACUGUGACUACAAUUUGUGCGGAAAUUCUGUCUGAAGUAACAACACAUCUGAUUUGUACCGCAGGAUUACCAUAACAAUAUUAAUCUGAUAUUUAUGGAAAAAUUCUGAACUUCAAACAGCUUAAAUAAAUAAAUAAUGAACAUAAUUAUCUAACAUGUUAUCAUCUAUUUAUAAUAAUAUUCAGAUUUAUAAUUUAUCCUUAUCACUGAAUGUUUAACUGAAACUUCGUCAGAGAAGUCAUUUUCUAAUAAACAGUUUUUUUGGUAGCUUUUAUCGUGAAAUUUAUUCAGUCUUGCAUUUAGGGUGCUUUAUUCCCCCCUUGUAAAACUAUGCUUUUAUUCUGAAGUAUAAGCUACUUCAGGUAGAUAGUUACCUGCAGAACUGAAUGAAAACCGUUAGAAGUAAAAAUGUUUUAUUAAUUUGUAACUUAAAGAGGCACACACUCUAAUGUCUCAUUUGUAAUUAAUAAAAGAAAAUUGUGAUAUUAAAGUAUUUAAAAGUGCUGAGCUUCUUUAAACCAGUUCACAGGCAGUCUGCUGCCUUUUCUUUAUCUCUCCUCUGUUUUAUGAAAUGUGGCAGCCAGCGUGAGGGACCUCAGCUGUGAACUAACUGUAUUCCUGUUUGCUUAUUUUUAGCACAAUUUCAAUAUAUUUGGUACUUUAAUAAAGACGGUUACAUCACUGAUGGUAUUAAUCUUUAGGACUCCAUCAUGCUGCAUCACAUUGCUUGUCUGUUUUGAUGUGAAAAUAGCAGCAAACUCUUAAAAAUGACCCUAGAGGUCACUGUAGUUUAUUUAUGCGUUUACUUCAUUAAAAAAAACACACUUCCUGGAUCCUUUCCAGACAAAUGUAUUCACUUGAAUGUUCACAACCUGCAGAUUUCUCUCUAGAAAGACUCAAAUUAAUUGUCUGUCUUUUUGAUUAAAAAAAAAAAAAACACAUAAUCUCCGAGAUGCACCUGAACUAGCAGCACUGUGGUACAACCUUAAUUCAGUGAAAAGAUUGAGUCUGACUUUAUCUCACCCUGUCAGACUGGGAAGCUUAUAUUGGCUCUUAUCUUCUUGACCUUUAAACUCAGAUUUCAUUAAAUUCAGGAAAGAUAAAGAGAGGACAAGUCUCUGCUACAGGAAAUAAGAGUGUUUAAGAGGUUGUAAUUCUGAGAAAUAAAGCAGCACCACGGCUGGAAGAUUGGAGUUACUUUGAUUUAUUCGUUGUUUUUGGUUAGUGCACCGACAAUAACGUAAUGGGGUAUUACUUAUACACAAACAGGGUCCACUUAUUUUAUAGUAAUGGGCUAAAUCCAAUAAAACUAGCAGUAUAUAUGCUGUGUUCUUCAUCCCGGGUCGUUUACUUCUGCUCAGUUUUUAUUCACAGGUUAUGUCAGAUCUGAUAAUUACAUACGAUUAUGUGUUUCCUGUGUGUGGGCUGCAGGGCCUCUUCAGAGUGGCUCCAUCAGCCUCCAAGCUGAAGAAGCUGAAAGCGUCUCUGGACUGUGGAGUUCUGGAUGUGCAGGAGUAUUCCUCAGACCCACACGCCAUUGCAGGUGACCUACACCCACAUGAAUACCCUUUUCCAUAACAACACCCCCUACACUCUGUUGUUCCAAGGCAGGAAACCAAACUAUGAGAUGUAGUUAUGAUGAAAGCAGGAGUUUUUACUAAAGCCUGUUUCCAUGGUGUGAAGUUUUUAGGGGGUGAACAGAUCCACCCUCAGUCCUCGUGGCUUUAUCCUGUUAUUGCUGUCCAUUUCACACAUUAGCAUGAAAUCUGUGUUGAGCAAUCUGAAUCUGGCAGCUGCGUUAGCUGCGAGGGCCUGCUGGAGGGGAGUGGAGAUAUAGGGCACGGCCUCGACAGUGCUCUGAGGAAAGAAAACAACCCUCCCCUCUGCUGAAAAACCUGUUUUUCUCAUCCAAAGGGGCUCUGAAAUCAUACCUCCGCGAGCUCCCUGAGCCGCUGAUGACCACCGAACUUUAUGAUGAAUGGAUCCAAGCUUCCAAGUGAGUCGCUGUUUUCCUAUUAUAAGAAGUCUCCUGAAUUAUGCCAUUGGCUGAGAUAAAGAACUGAAAAUAGACCUGAUAAAGCAGGUUUGAGCUGCCACAAUGAAAAAUGGUGAUAUUUACACAGAAGUAGAGCAACAAUCAGCUCUAACGGUUUCUCAUUCCUGCAGCGUCCAAGAUAUGGAUAAAAGGCUACAAGCCUUAAUGGCAGCGUGUGAAAAACUCCCCACAGACAACUUGAACAACUUCAGGUCGGUCACUUGAAGUGUAUUUCUGCUUUUUUUCCAUGUUGUGUUUUUACGUUUUCCUUUUCAAGCUCUCAAAGAGGCUGAGCAGAAACUCCCCAAAAUGACAAGGAGAAUGAUGAAAGUGUGCAGAAACUCACACACAGACAGUUUCAUCCCAUUACAGAGUCCUUGUACCACCACAGAGUUUCAGUGUAACCUGCUCCACCUGCAGCCAAGAUGAGUAACAGCAGCAGCAGCUAGUUGGAGAUUCAGGGAAUCAAAUAUAAACACCUGCAGGCUAUUGACUCAGGCAGUCGAUGACUUUUACAGCUGCAGUAAUCAUCAUCUGCUGUGCAACGUUUGAAAAAUCCACUUAUUAUACAUUUAUUUGGCUUUUAAAUGUAACAAGAUGAUGUCCCAGUGGCUGCUGUCUCUUCUGGUUGGAGGUGCAGGGUGAGUGAGUUUAGCCAUAAGCCUGUCAGCUCUACUUUAUGUUGUAUUUCAAUAAGCUUAAAGCUGAAGUUAAAGGGAUAUUCCGGCGUAAAAUUAAUUUAGGGUCAAACACACCGUAACGCCGAGUUAGACACCCCCUCAAGAGAUUAAUAUUGCCGACUGUUUGCUUCUCUAGUUAUACCAACUUUAGUAACGACUGCAGGAUAGCGAUACACAGCGGUCUGAUGAGCCACACACAAAACUCAACCAAAACGCCACAAAUAAUGUUCAGAACAGCACCUAACUUCAUCAACAGUACAUAUAAGGUCCUCGACGGGGUGUCUAACUCAGUGUGUUUGACCCUAAAUUAAUUUUACGCCGGAAUAUCCCUUUAAAAUGAUUUCUAACAAAAGGGAAGAAGUGACUGACUUAUUUCUUCAUCCUACAGAUAUCUAAUCAAAUUCUUAGCAAAGCUGACAGAGUACCAAGACGCCAACAAGAUGACCCCCGGCAACAUGGCGAUUGUUCUCGGGCCUAACUUACUCUGGACACACACUGAACCGUAUGUAUACUUUACUUUUUCCACAUGUUUUUCUGUCUUAUUUCAAUGUUUCAAUGUGAUCCUGGGUAAUUUUUGUCUCCUCUGUGCAGGAACAUGACAGAGAUGAUGACCACCCUGUCCCUGCAGAUCGUCAGCAUCAUUGAGCCCAUAAUCCAGCAUGCAGACUGGUUCUUCCCUGGAGGUGAGGAUCACUUACUUUGCAUAUUAUAAAGCCGUCAGAGUGCCACAUAUAUUUCCACUGUGUUAUAGGCCACAAUUUUGCCAAAUUCAAGCACAUUAACUCACAUAUAACACUUUUAAUUGCCUCGUCUGACAUCUACCCGUGCAUGAAAAAUAUCAGUCUUUGCAAUGAUAGUCUCUAUUACUUUUUAGGCCACAAAGCAGAUUAAGUUUUCAUUUUAGUCUGUUUCAUAACCAGCUAAAACUCAUCACAGGAGCUUAAACCACAGCUUCUUAACAGAAAAGUCAAAGGUCAACCUCACUACUACAUCAUUAUGUCCUUUACAAAUAACACUUUGCUACUUUUUCUUAGAAGCACAAACUCACACCUCCACCUGGUCCUUUUUUGGUCGUAAGGACUGAACCUAAUAUCUUGGGAAUGCCAUGAGUGGAUUUAAUCGAUCAGAUUUAUUUUUUUUUAUUACUUUCUGUUCCUCAUGUUUUAUUGCUACACUAAAUGGAGGAUAUGCUGACCAUAGAGAAACACAGAAAGUUGAAAGUUAUUGGUGCCCACACGUGAAAGUGAUUUUGGACAUUUAUUCUCUUAAAUAAAUUUGAUAUACAAACAUAUCCCUUGUGCCAUCUGCAGUUAAUCUAACAGGAUAAGUGAUGAAUAAAAACUUCAACUUGAAUGGUUGGCAGAGUCGUAGAACAGCUUGGGAGUAAUUCUAGAUUAUCAUAUUUAUCACUGUCUAAAAUUAUAUUUAGUUAAACCAGUAAGAAGCUGAAUUCAACAUGUAAUAUGAGGAAUACAAGACAAUUACACCACAUUGUACAGCAGGGGAUUGUAGUUCCAAAAAUUUUCUGUUCAUUUUGCUUGUUACUGGGCUACCAACUAAAUAUAGCAUUAGAAUUAAAAUUAGUAUUUUUUCCAUGUUACAGUCUUAGCAUUAUGUCAGUACCAGAGGAUGCAAAAAAUAUCCUGAAUUGGCAUUUUCAUCCAACUCAGCCAGUCCCAUUAUACUGUUAAGCUCAUACAGUGUUGUGGUUUAUUUAUGUUUUCUUUAGUUUGGUGGAUGUCUCUUUGACCAGUGGUUCUUCACUGGUCUCACUCUGGGACCCACAUUUCCCCGUGGUCCUCCUAGUCGCGACCCACUUUUAUAAAAUUCAAACCAAGCAAAUUUAUUUUUUGUAAAAACAACCUUUAAAGACUCAAAUCUUUAACAUAAAUACACCCAUUUAAUGAGUAAAGUGCAUUACAGAGCACAUGAACUGAGGAUGACAACUACUAAAGUUUCAUAUAUAGAAAAUAUCAAAUUGCACAAAAUAAAGACCAAAACAAAAAAAUAAAUAAUUUUACUGCAUUCAGGACAUUAAUAAGAAACCGAGGAGGACCACGACAUAACGCACGCCUUCCAAAAUAAGCUAUUUUUCAAAAUAAAAGACAUGUCAAACAUCAGAUGCGCAUGAAAUAUUUACUUUUUUGACCCGCUGUUCACGACCCAUUCAGAUCGGUCUGCGACCCACUUUUGGUUCGGGACCCACCAGUUGAGAACCACUGUCUUAGACCUUUCUACUUCCAUGCUAUUUUCCAGAUAUUCACCUUGUCUCUGCUGUUGACUUAAUGUUGUUCACUGAUGCUAUCGAAAAGUAACAUUUCUGCCACAUAGUCAACAAGACUACUCUUUAAAAUCAUAAACUAGAAAUGUGUCAGACUUCAUUUUAUGGAUUGAUCUGAUUGUGUCUGCUGUUCUUGCUUUUUAAUAUUAACCACUGUUGUUAUAGAUUUAGACCAAUCAGAAUCAAGUAUUCAGUACAGCUGGAUGAUGAGUGAGAAAGCCUGAAAAUAAACAGAGUUAAAUUAGUAUUUGAUAUGUUUUUAAUAGAUUCUGAAACUUCCUAUUUUGAGGCAGAUUUUAGAUUUUGAAUGUCAUUCAGCAGAUACCGACAUAUGUACACUAAACACCACUAAACUUGAUAUAAUAUGAGUAUUAGAUAUGCUGAUGAUGCUCUUCUUCUCUGACAGAGAUUGAGUUUAACCUAACGGGGAGCUACGGAAGCCCGAUCCACACCAACCACAACUCCAACUACAGCUCCAUGCCCUCGCCAGACAUGGACCAAUCGGAGCGCAAGCAGCAGCACGACCAGAGCCGACGCCCACUGAGUGUCGCCACAGACAACAUGAUGCUGGAGUUUUACAAGAAGGAUGGGUAUGAUGAUGCCAAGUGUGUCCUUCUGCUGCCCACAUAUCACUCUCCCACGCUCUUCCUCCCUCUUUCCACCCACUCCUCCUCUCGCUCUUGUGAUGUUUAACUCCUAUUAAACACGCUCAUUAAAAACCCAUUGAUGUGAUAAAGUAUUUACACAUCCUGCAGGCUCAGCUUUCACUCCCAUAAGACAGGAGGAUGUAUCUUUAAUCUUACCUGUCAAUAAUUCCAGCACACACAGCUACGUGUCUUAUGAUCACCAGGACGAGAGAGGCUGACUCAUUUGAAUACAUGCGGCCUGAAUUGCCUUGAGUGGCGUUGUCUCUAUGGCAACAGGUCUUUGAUAGAGGACUGCCGGUUACCUCUUUUUUUCUCAGGAAAUAUUUCUUCAGGGCUGUCUUCCCAUCCUCCUACACCCGGCUCCUCCUUCACAGUCUGGCUAGCACAUCACCUAACCUGAGUCAUUCAUCCUGCCGGUGGAAAAUCACUGGAAGAAUUUAAGCCGAUGCCUUCACCAAAAUUGUCCCGUUACAUUGAGAGAGAGGAUGUGAUAGACAUAAAUCUGUGCAUCCCACUUUCAGGAUUUAAUGAUAUGGGGUGUUAGCAAAUGGCUUUAAUCUGUGGAGAGUAAUAAGCAGCUGAGUAAUCUUCAUUUGCAGACGCUUCAUAAUAAUGGAGAACUUGUUGGCAGGGGGUUGGAGUUUAGUAUGGGAAUUGUGUCUGUGUUAUCAUCAAUACCUAAUUGGACUCUAAUCAGUCAUUUAGUCCUUAAACCUUAAAGUCUGUCAUCACUCCCAGACGCUUUAAUAUCAGCAGACAAUAACUGAUGAGUACUGAGAUUGGCAGCGUUAGAAAAAAAGUGUGAGUGUUUCAAACAAAGUUUAUAAACAGGUUCAAGAAAAAAAGAAAAGCUUAAAUCGAAAGAUUAGUGCAGUUUGGUUAUGUGAUCUGACAUCCCCUCACCUCUGGUACAUCACUUCUGCUCCAUCCUGCCACAGUGAAUCUCAUCAUCCUCAUCAUAUACAGUACACUGAGUCUACUUAUGUGAACCAUUUCUGCACCACUUCUGACCUCAUAUCCCUUUUGCCUCUCUGUUCCCCUUACUAACGCAGCAUUAGGAAGAUACAAAGGUACCGUAUCAUGCCUUUUUCCCCACUUUUUUCCUCACCAACCCCCACUCACCUCAUUCCCUCUUCAUCAGAUAUGACUCUGUAUAUGUAUUUGUCUUUAGUAUGGGCGUCCGGGUUAUGGAUACAUCCUGGGUGUCCCGGAAGGGUUCGUCCACACUGGCGCGGAAGACCUCCUCAACUCCUCCAGGCAUGCAAGGCCCGGGCUCUCCUGCGGACACUCUCAUCCCUGAGCAGCCCGGAGAGCUCGCCAUCUCCCCGUCGGCGACACCGCCACCUGGAGAGAGGGUUUGGUAAGUCACAGUGGAGACGCUGUUCUCCUCUUCCUCAUGCAUCCGGUCAUUGCCACCAUCAUCACCAUCAUUAACGUUCUCAGCUCUAAAUGAUCCAGAUCCUUGGCUGUGUUAAUCCUACCCUCAUUUUGUGCAAGUUUUUUUUAAGUCUCUAAAUCAACACCUCCAUGUCUCAGUCUCUAAUUUCUCACCCUCCACUUUUUUCACCUCACCCUGCUGUUUGUCGAGUUCCUGUCACUGUUUUGUAUGAUUUUCAUAAGGAUAACUGAUAUUCUCUGACUUAACAUUCCAAAGGUUUUCCUCCAAACAUCUCAUGGAGGUUUCUUCUCUCUCCAUGGCACUCGGCUUUUUUUCAGAUCCUUUGCGAGCAUGCAAAUAUUUCAAUAUCUCAUUGUCGUGGCUUGGCUUUCUCUGCUUUUGUUAUAGUUUUUUCUCUUUCCGUUGACACUCAGACUGAUUUCACCAUUUUUUUUUAAUAUGAUUAUCAUAGUGGAACACAUGAAUAAUCACUUCAUGGUCGCUGGCUCUGCCUGUGUGGCAGACAAGAGAUAAUAUAGCUUCUAGCUUUGCUGGCUUCCCCCCUCCUCUCCUGUGGCUCUUUCAGCCGAUGAAAGGGUUUUGUGUCUGUUUCACACUGCCCUGGGCUGACUGCAGGACCUGCAAUGCAAACAAGUCAUAUGCUAUGCUGUAGGAUAUGGGCAGAUAGGAUUUCCAUAUGCAGCCAUGAGGAGAUAUUAAGUAGCUCUGCUUGAUAAGAUUUUACGCUGCUGCAGACCAGCACUUUGACUCCAGAUCCUCACAGCUCCAUGCAGUGUGCAGACACAAGGUGAUCACAGCAGGAGACCUACACACUCAGUUCUUUUCCUUUGGCAAUAAAACUUUCUUUUUCGUUGCUGUUUCUUUGUGCUUGUCUUUGUAUUUGCACUAAGCUGACUGUGUGCUUAGCUUGGUGCCCACCACCCACCCUAAGAUGCAACUUUUUCCUUCUGUUUUUGGCUACGGAUCAACUUACACACUCACACCCUAAUCAUGAAAACAGCUUAUCCUUUAUCGCUCCAGUGCGUCUCCCUGUUCAAUCACUAGAGCUGUUUUUUUUUGUGCUGUCGUUUCUCUUAAUAUCUACAGCUCAGACAACGUCUCGCCCAAUCGGCCGGACACCUCUCAUGCCCACCCACCCCAAGGGGAGGACCGGCCACCCCCCCCUUACCCAACCUCCUCGUGCCACGCUGCCCCCCACCACUUCUAUCCCAAGCCCCCGCCCUGCGCUCGCCCUGUGGCACCGGGUCCAGAGUCUCAGCCCCCUGCCUCGCCCCCGCCCCCACUGCGCUGGUCUGGCUUCACUCCCCCGGCCCCUGCCCCGCCCCCUUCCUCCUCUUCUUCUUCCUCCUCCUCGUCACUUGACAUCAAUUCCAACCCCAAACCCAGCUGUCUGCACUUCCCCAAGCACAGCCCGCCUGGUGAAAUGAUGCAUGCCCCCCCACCAGAUACUAAUGCUUCACCACUCUACAUCAAAACCCCCUUGGUACUAACCCGCCACGACCAGUCCCUUGGCAACCCCCCUAGCCUCCCGUCGUCCGCUCCCCCACCCCCACCGUGGGCUGCCUGUCCAUGUGCCCGAGAGAGAGGACCCCCCAGGCUGACUAGGUAAAUACAACACACCCUCGGCUGCUGUGGAUGUAUCACCAAGCAGCAGCUCUAUCUUUACUCUCCUCUAGCUCGCUGGCUCACAUUUUCUUUUCGCUUUUUUUCUUCUCCCUCCCCCUUCGAACUACAUAUCUCAGAUUCUGUAACAUUCAGGUUGUCAGGGGAUGCCUCUCAUGGGGUUGCCUAGCAACUAAGGAUGUUACUGGCUUAUAUAGCGCUCGGUUUCAUGCUGGUAUUGGUAGACGAUAAAUACAUGGUCAGUGCUGCAUAUGGCUAUCGAAUAGCAUAUGAAUGUAUUUAUUCUACAGUUUACAGCAGCAGUUCUACUAACCAUCAGGUUCUCAAGGACGUGAAGAGUUUCAUGGUCAGAAACGCAGUCUCCUGCUUGCAAUUGUGGCUGUCUAUAAUGUCCGGUAUGGAAUAUCUUAAUGUGAUAUGAGCAUCUUACAGCUAGAGCCAAAGUGCUGAGUUUGUAGUUGCGGUCCCCUGACUCAUGAGUCUCUGAUGAUAGAAUAACUGCACAGGACAGCCUGGAUCAUUACAGCGAAUCUUUGUCAGCAGUCGGACACACGCUCGUUUGAUAACCUUUUUUCUUUUGAUUUGAUAUCUCCAUAACUUCCCGGUCAAAUGGCUCAGAGGCAUUUCAGAAGGACUGCUGAUAAUUGGAUGUCACAUAAUCCAAAAUGUGAGUGCUGCAGUACGGGUGCGUCUGCAGGCAUUGUGUGUGUUCAUAUCAGUUAAACUGUUCUAUGUUUCUAUAAAGUCUAUAUGAUUGAUAUUCUCUUCAGACAUAAAUUACAGGUAUAGUGACAUAAUGCGCUGAGCAGAAAGAAUAAAUCAGUGUAAUGCAAUAAAAAAGGUGAUAUUCAAGUUCAUUUAAAUUGAAAUAGUGCAAAGACAAUAUAUUAUUUUUAAAACUUUGUUCAUUUUGAAUUUGAUGAUAGUAACAUGUUUCCUUAAAGUUAAGUAAAGGACCAGAAAAGACUAAAAAAAGCUGAGAGAUGCAAUAAUUUAAAGUAGAAAAACCUCAAUCCAACUACUCGGCUUAAAUCACUGCAGGUCAGUGACAUGGUUGGGUGCAAAAAGAGCCUUUGAGUGACAGAUUGAGGUUCAGCAUUAUGUGAGAGUCUGUGCGAGCAAAUGGUUAACAGUUUCAGAUUGUUCCUCAUCAAGAAUUUGGCAACUUCAUCAUCCACGGUACAAAAUGUUAUUUUAAAAAAACUCUAUAAUAAGGGGGAAAGUCCAAAAAACAAAAUUAAAUGUCCAUUAUCUUUAUGGCUCCAGGCAGCACUGCAUUAAAACACAUGUAAGUUUUUCUGUUGCACUCAUAAAUGCAGGUUAAUGCUUUUUCAUGCAAAGAAAAAAAACAUAUGUGAAUGUUGUCAGCAGCUUGUUAUCAGGGCAUAGUUCAAAAGCUAGCGUUCAUAUUAAUACUAGGAUGCUAUAGAUGCCCAUUGCAUGACUAGCUUUUACAUCUGGGUGGUCACCUUGGAGUGACAUAUGCUGCCAUCAAAACCACAUUCUGGAUUUUUUACAACAGUAUGGCUCCUAAGUAGAAGAGUCCAGUCUGCCUGUAGAAGCUCUGAACUGUAUAUCAGGCAACAUUUCACUUUCAAAUCUCCAGAGGCUGAUCUCUUUGACAUUUGCAGGUUUGUUUCAAGAAGAGGUUAUGCAAAACGGCAGUAAUUAUGCCCCUUUCCUAACCUUUUUAAAAAACACAUUUUUGGCAUCAGAUUUGAGGAUGAGCAUGUAUUUUUCAUAAAACAAUACUUCUUCUCAGUCUCAAUGUUUGAUGUGUUGUUUUUGCACUGUUUACAGUGAGUUAUAGUGUUUACAUUAUCCUGAUCCUGAUGCUAUCUUGAGAUAUGGAUUAAACCAGAGAUCACUUAUGUACCAAGAUGAUGAGAUUAGUAUAUGUGGGAUUUUCUAGCACCUUUCAAUUAAUAUUAUUUAUGAAGUGUUUUUGUUGUAAUUAUCAAUUUGAAAUGUUUUAAAACAGAAUUGGAACUCUUUUGCUCCUUUUUAAUGUACCUUGUCUUGGCUGCAAGAACAUAAAGUAGUAACAUGCGGGGUCUAUUUUGAGCCUCUCAUGACUGUGGUUACAUUAUUAUACGAGGUAAACAACCAACUUGAUAAAGUAAAUGUAUGAGUUUCUGCUUCCAAAAAGCCUCCAUGCUACUGCUUUCUGUUUGUCUAUGGAUAUAAAUGUGCUCAUCAUCUGUUCACGAAAGCUGGAAAGUUUUCUCCUGGGGAUGCUAUCAUGGGUUCAAGUUCAGGUCCCAGCUGGGCGGGAGUUGAGUCAACAUGAUUUAAAGCUAUUUGGAGAGGCAGGGACUGUUGGUUCUGUGUUUGUUAUACAUUUCAAUUCAAAAGACGACGCAACUGAUUGGCAUGCAAAAGACAUGUACUGUCUUUUUCUGUGGGUAGAAACCAAUCUCCAUCUUUUUUGAUGUUUUUUGUAUGUGCCUACAGACUCCGGUUUUCAUGUCUACACUGCAUUAUGUAAAUAUAAGAGGUGUAUCAAAGCGUGUGACACUGAUUGGACAGGAUAAACCUUUUCCUGACAUCAUGUUGUGUGUUUCAGAAAAUGUGGCUAAUAAGUGAUGGUGAUGAUGGUGGUCGUGGUUAUAGUGCCAAACGUGACAAAUACGCAACGUCUGCUGCUUUCACACACUAACGCCUGCUUGUCUUUUUCAGUUCUUUGAAGAGUAAAGAGCUCUCCCCUGUCAUUGGACACAAAGCCAUCCAGGUGGCAGGUCCAACAGUCCCCCCCAGCAGUAGUCCCCAGAGCAGCAGCCAGUCCCCCCACUCUACAGAGCACAGUCCACACACCCUGCGCAAAGGUGGGUCCCACUCUAUAUUUGCUUCCUUCUCUUUAAAGGGAUACUCCGACGUAAAAUUAAGGGUCAAACACACUGUAACACCGAGUUAGACACCCCGUUGCUGACCGCUUCCUUCUCCAGUUAUACCAACUUUAGUAACGACCGCACGAUAGCAAUACAGAAGGCCAAGUGCUCAACCAAAAUGCCACUCUAUAGCCACAAAUAAUGCUCAGAACAGCACCUAACUUCAUCAACAGGACAUAUAGGGUCCUAGUUAUAGUACUAGCCACCAAACAUAUUUUUAGCUUUGCCUGAUUUCUUUAGCAAAGAGAGUACAUACAACUCACCUACUCUCUUCCAGCAGCCGCUUGUUUGUAGCGUGACCUGGACCAGUCCAUUACGGACUCAGGCGGGGUGUCGCAGCUCAAGGAAGAACAUUUAUGAUCAUAUUUGACCCUGAAUUAAUUUUACACCGGAAUAUUCCUUUAAGUGGGUUUUUCUGAACAGCAGAUAAUAAUAUAAAUGUGUUUUGUGUUCCCAGGUUCCAAGAAGUUGGCCCCAGUGCCCCCCAAGGUCCCAUACGGCCAGUCUGGCGGGAUGUCCGACCAGUCCACAGGUCAGCCGUCACCGGUCAGCCUGUCCCCCACACCACCUAGCACCCCCUCCCCUUAUGGACUGGCCUGCCCUCCAGGGCAAGUGCCCCCAUCCUCCCCCGGGCAGACCCCAUUAGGGGCGCCCCACUCGCUCUCGUCCCCACCCUCUCUGACAGGAACGCUCACCAAGUCACGGCCCGCCCCUAAGCCCAGGCAGAGACCCAGCCUGCCCCCUCCGCAGCCACCCACAGCCCCCCCAGGGCUCACUGGCCCGGCCAUGGCCCCAGUUCCCCAGCCCUUGGAGCAGGGUCUCCUGGAUGGACUGUCUCCCGGGGAGAGCAUGUCUACAGGUAAACAUCAGCCCUUGGCAACAACACCCCCGCCGCCCCCACAGGUGGGGCUGCAGCGGCCCUCUCUCAGACUUGCUGUGGCUCUGUCCAACGGAGACGGUGGACGAGUGUAGGACUCUGUAGGACUUAUAGAUUUAAAAGACACCCCCCUCCCGCCCCCUUUACUGACUGCUCUCAAAUGAAUGUCUGAAUGAAAAAAAAACAAAAAAACGUUGCCUUUUAGACACAGAUGCCUGAGAAUGAAACCAUGUACAAAUUAGCAUUUUUGUGCUAAUGUAGUGAGCAAACCUCCUGACCUAUGUACUCAUUGCUUGUGUUAUGUGAUGAUGUUUCUGGGUAAUGUGUGGAAACAUCAGGCAAGCAUAGCUCGUCCUGCUUGUAUGGAAGUCGCCAUUAGAUUCAUCAUGUGCUCUCUGUAUAUCUGUGUUACCCAGACCCUCACUCGGCAGAGGUAGGUCAGACGCUUAAACACCAGUCCGGUAAAAGCGUAGCAGCAGGCGUGGACUCUCAGCCAGACAAACCCCAGAUUCUCUCUGCAGUAUGAUGUUCUGAUGAUGAGGUGUUCUGUCAUUUAUACCAAGCUUUCUGUCACUUUGUUAUAUUUAUCAUUCUCUUGUUCCCCCUGCUACUAUUGUGUACCUUGCAGCUGUGUGAGGCCAGGGAUUCAGUGUGGGCUAAGUGUGAGGGGGACUUUUAGGGUAAGCCAGAACCGUCCCCGCCCCAUGCGCUCCAUCUCACUGCCUGGCCUCGUGCUGUGGCUGCCUCUGGGGUCUCCUGCAGCCUGCCUCAAACAUACCAACCAUAGCUCUCAAUCAGACAAGCCUCCCUAUUUCCUCUUAGCAGCUUUUGUGCAUGGUGUUGUAGUCCAAACAAUAAUGCAUGGCUUAAGGACUUCCCAGAGAGCACCACACUGCGCUCACAUUGCAGACGCCGUCGCUUCCAAAGGUCCAUCCUAAAGCCCCUUCCUCUUUCGUUGCCCAUUCCCAGCCCUCUACCAGCAGACAUCCCCUCUCCCCCCUCUAACGCCCCUGCCAGCGGUUUCAGGGGGGCCACAGGUAACCCCCACUCCUCCUUUGGCAGGUUCAUCGCUUUUUUAUAACCUCUGCUCCCUCUUACUACACUGCCACGCUCCAUCUCAUUCCUACACAGGAGUAGCCAUCAGUCUCUGCUUGGACCUGCUGCUCUCAGUAAAUGCAGCAGAGCAUUAGAAUACCUUGAUAUAGAGCAAAUACAAAUACCCGGUCCUCAUGAGAUUUUCAUCGUUACUUCAAGCCCACUUGGUGUCUUGGUGCCAUUUUCCCACAGAGUUCCACACACAUCUUGUUGCCUCUGUGUUGGUUUAUCUGACCAUUGUUGUAAACGUGUACAGUAAUGUGUCAUUGUGCAGUCAUUUUGACUUGUUAUUGUAUUCUAUCUGGAAAAAAAAAAAGUAUGUGUUGUUGUCGUCUCUAGAGACACAAAAAGCUGUGACAUAUCACACUGGUUGCUACCAAGCUGGUUGCAGUGUGAUUAGCGACACACUGAAAGAAAUCCCUGUGUAGAAUGUGAAGCACAUGUAAUCUACUGAUUACUUCAAUCAGGGCAGACAUCAUAUUAUCAUCAGUUCAGACUCAAAAAGAUUAAUAUUAUUUCUGCUCUCUUCCGUUUUUACACCUCAUUAUCAUCAUCAUACGCCCUCUUCUCCUCCUCCUCUUGCUCAUCGUCACCAUUUCCACCAUUCUGCUCAUCAUACUCACCUCUCCCGCCAUGCUCACCAUUAGAUAUCUUCAAUUAUGAAAUCCCCUCCAUCAAUGUCAAUCUGGACAGCCUCAUCGAUGAGUUCAGCGGUGCCCCUUGCAGGAGGUCGGUGGCAGUGACAGACUCUCCGGAGGGGGACGCUGUGCCUGAGGAGGAGCCCCAGAGCACCACUCUAUGACCUAUGACCCUAAGGCAUCACAGCUUACCAGCACCCCUAUGGCUGUUCAUACUCUUAACUGUCGCCACCUGAUGGCCUGACGGAAACACACACUGGCCUCACCUAUGCCCACCUGAAAACAGAACUUGAGCACAUCUGCUGCAGGCUGCAAAGAAACUCAUCUCUUACAAAUGCUCGCUAGAACAUAAAUGUGAUACAAAAGAAAAAAACACACCAAAAUGCCAUAGUGGAGGAACAGUUGCCUUUAGGAGAAAAGACUGGAAUAUAGAUGAGUAUAACAUUAAUGAUUUUUCUUUCUCUGCUUUGCUUUGUUCAUAUUUGUCGUUCAAUGCUGUGGUCAGUAUUUCUGUGGGUUUUUUAAAUUUCUUUUUUGCCUUAUUAGAACAUGCAAUCAAAUUGCAAUAUGAUACUCACACAGUGUGCAACUUUUGGUUAGGGAAACUCAGAGCCUGACGUGGUUAGGAGCGAAGCCCAUCCUCAGGGUGAAACAGAGAGGCAGAGCAGGAGGGUAGUCUGGUGAUUUGCUCACAGGGUAUUCAAGCUUUGUGCACAUUAGAAAAAAAAAUGCUGAGCCCUACAGACAGGUUAAGCCUGCAGGAUGAAACAUCAAAUGCAGUUAAAUUCUUACUGUUCCACCCAGUCUUUACUUAACCUUUUCUUUCACAUCUUAAAACUGUAGUUCUUUAUCUAAAUGUUUACCUCCAUACAGGUAAACACACUUUAACUCACUUUAUACCAGCACAGUAUGAGAAGAAUGUUACUGUAAAUUACAUUUCUUUGGACUUGCAUCUCCUCUUCAGUUUUUGAUGAUAGCACCAUGUCGUGUUUGCAUGACGAGCCAAUAGGAACUAACCGCUUCGGAUCAAGGGCCUCAGAAUGGCAGCGUUUGAUUUUGUGUGAGUGUUUCUGCCGUUGUUGUCCUUGGAGAGUAAAUUUAGACCACCCAUGUGCUGUUACGGUUUGCUGACAAUGGAUGGAUGACUACACUGCCUUUAGGUUCGUAUGUAUCUCUCUCUUAACCUUGUUUCAAGUGCUUCAGGUUCAACAACCUUUGACCCCUAGUGUAAAUACAAAGACUGUACAUAAAUUGAUGUAUAUAAAUCUGAGAGGAAAACUAUAUGUAAAAUGCAUAUCUUGAGAAUAUAUAAUGAUAAUGAUAAUAAUAAUAAUAAUAUAUAUGUGCUGAUAUUUAUCAUGUGUAGAAAAUGUAAUGAUUAAAAAUUUGAUGUUAUUUUUGUCCCUGCACACAGUGAACAGGUUUACUGUAGAUUCAUGAUGUUUCACUUUGACACCAGGUAACAACGAUGCUGCAGCACAAACGCAGAAUGUGAUUUCUGCAAGAAACCAAUUGUAGUCUUUCUAAUUUUGUCUCCUGAGCUUUGACUUCGAACAUGCUAGAGCACUAAUGAGUUGCAAACCAACACCCUUUAUUUACUUUAUUUAUUUAUGAGUGGAUUUUUAAAAAAAUAAGAUCACUCCGAGCACUCAUGGACCUAUAAAUUGUCGUAAAAUGAGGAUAAAUGGAGCCCUGCGGCAUUUAUUAUUGGGUUAAAAAUAGCAAAGACAACCCCAGACAGCUGUGUAUAAUGUUGAUAAAACAGGAUUUCAUAAUUUUCUGAUAAUUUAGGGCCUAUAUUUGAUUAAAAAUAGUUAGAAGACAACAUAUUGAAUGCGGAAACAAAAAAAUAAUGUUUUACAAUAAAAAUACAUGCUCAUAAAUUUGAUUCAAGCAAAAGAAAAUAUGUGCUUGACAAAAAUAAAUAAAACCAGAGAAACAUUUUCCUAACUGGGUUAAUUUGUAAUAACAGAAAUUAAGAUGGAAAAAAGUUCAUCACUCUGUAACUGCGUGAGUAACUAUUUCAAUAGUUUCUAAAUUAUGUGCCUCAGCGUAAAACUACAAAACUGGGGUCUCCUGGCAGCACUGUAUUAAAAAUAGACGACUCUGUAGUGGAAAUCCCCACAUUGGCUCAAAAUCAGCUGUCUGUGAACAGUGUGUUGGUGCAUCCAUAAACCAAGAUUAAAACUGAUUAAAACUUCUAUUUAACAUUUUUUUUAAAUCAUUGACACCAUGUAUUCGGCUGGAGAGUUUCUACCAAAUUGAGAUCUGAACACAGCUGAAGUGCCACCUGUCACCCAUUGGACACAUUUGGCACAUACAAUAUACAACGCAAAAGUUAGGACAAAAGAGAACCUUCAGUGUUGAGCAGCUGAAAUCUGAUAUCAAGCAAGAAUUGGACAAGAUUCCCAAAACUGGUCUCCCUGAUUUCCAAAAGUAGAAAUAAUGCAUCAAAUGUUAAAAAACACCAGUCCAAACGUUCCUGAAAAGUGUUGCUGGGAUCAAAUUUAAAAAGUGCACAUGUGUUUUAUUCAAUGAUAAAAGUUUCAUCCCUUCAUAUGUUGUCUUUGCACAAUAGAAGAUUUAAGUGUCUCCAGUUCUGUUCUUACUAACAUUUUACACAGCUUUAACUUCUUUUUUGGAUCAGAAGUAUCUGCUCACACAAUUAGACACGAUGAUUCAAACUCUGAAUUGAUGCUUCUUCAGAGGAGAAUUUUAUGUUGUUAUUAAUCAGAGGUUAACAAAUUCACCAGGUGCUGCGGCGUCACUUUUUAAUCCCAUGAGAAACGUCUGAUGACGACGAGUUUAUCAACUAAAGUGCAAUUACAGUGUUUAUCAAUCCACCUCAGUCCAAAAAGUGGUCAAAAUCACUCCAACCAAACAGACAUACAAAAAAAAAAAAGCCAUUAAUUUAAACGCAAAAUCACUUUAAUUUGUUUUCUGUUUGAAAUGAACUCUGGUUUAACCUCUCUCCAACAGUGAUCUACAGUACAGUAUGCAUCAGUGUGUGUUCUCAAUGGACUCUGUUUAUGAAGAUUUUGGUGAUGUUGAUACUUAUAUUGAUAGUUGUGGUGAUUUUACUGUAUGACAACAAUUGCAAGUGCCCUCACACUGGUUGUUAUUUUGGAACUAUAGGCAUAUUUAACGUGUGCUAAAGGUUUUAUUUUCUGUGCUGGAUCCAUACAUUUAUACAAGGAGGCUCUUUGGGGCUUCUCUCUCUCUCUCUCUCUCUCUUUAUGUGUGCAGACUGAAUGUGACUCACUCCAUCUCCAACAGUGGGCUACCUGGUUUUUCAUAACAUGCAGGCUAAUGGGCGCUUGUAUUCGGAUGAAGGUUAAUUAGGGCCUGUUGGCAUGUGUUAUUAUCAGUGCAGGGCAGUGUUACUGUAAUGCUUUUGUGCAUCAUAACUGGAGCUUACAGCCACCUGAAAGCAUGCAUUCAUACUCAUUAGUUGUGAUAAUUAUGCUGCUGAAAGAAAAGAAAAAAAAAAACCUCCCCUGAAACACAAGUCAUGAUUUCAUCCCUAAUUUUAGCCAAGUUAAUUAGCUUACCAUCAUUUCAAGAGCAGAUAGGAGCCACAUUUUGCACCUAAUGGUACAAUGUUACAUGGUUUGAUCGAGCUUUUUAUGUACUGUAGACCUACAUUUCCUAGCUCACCUCACCACCAAUACUUGGGUCUAACGUGAAGCUGAAUUUGUUUACAUUCUGAGGGGAGGGGGGGUUUUCAAAUGAGUAAAAAAAUACGAUAAAUCUGAAAAAAUAUCAUGCAUGCGCUUAGAUAGUCUUUUGAUAAUCCACAUUUUUGUGUCAAUCACUGUCUUUUUAGGGAUUGUAAGAGGGGAAAAACAUAAAGACGGACAAAAGAGAAUGUGGAUCACCGUAAAUGGUCCCUGGUGGGGUUUUGAGCAAUACGGUAGAGGAGUAGAUGUUGCCUGUGGAUGUACUGCCUCCUUCUGCUUUCACUACUAGUGUACAAAGGAAAACCUGCCGCUUGUCGAGCCCACCAUGCCCCCACCCUUCCCUCCUCUGCUUAGCAUAUCAAGUGGAACACAGUGUGUACUGUGAAGCCUACCUGCAAUCCUUAUCAGAAUGUCAGAAAUAAAUAUAUAUAUUAAACUCUACAUUUGUAAUAACCUCA